AUGAUCUGUGUCGAAUGCAAUGCACCAGUCGAUUCGCUUUAUGUGAAAUAUGCCAAUGAUUACAUCAAGUUGACGGACUGCCCUAGUUGCUCCAAAGUUGCAGACAAGUACGUUGAGUUUGACAAUGUGAUUUUGUUCAUUGACACAUUACUCCUAAAACCACAAGCGUAUAGACACUUGGUUUACAAUUUGAUGGGAAAUGCUCCAAAUGACUUGAAACAAAGUAGCCAGAGGUCAUUGAAAGGUUGGUUUUUGAAGAACAAAAAGGUCAACAGAAUACGGCUUUUGAUGAUUUUAUUCAAAAUUUAUUUAACAUGGGCGUAUGAGGAAAAGAAUUAUAACUUUGAAGAAUCAAUCAAUCCCUUCUUGAUCAUGAAUUCAAUACUGAAAAAGAAUGCCGUGACUCAAUAUCUAUACUUUUCACUCAAAUGCAUUUCAGAUGAUGUGAUAACUCACACUUUUAUUCCAUUUUUCAUGUUCAAUGUUGUUGGCUGGAAUCCAAAUGGGUAUGUGUCAAAGGAUUCACAUAACAAAAGAUAUUAUAAAAUGGCAUUAUCCCUUACAAUUCUAAUUUCAGGAGCUACAAAUUUGUUCCCAAUCCUUAUGCUCAUUUGGCCAUACAAUAAUAUAACUAUCACCAAUAUUAUAAGUUCUGUUGCAGACUUGAGCUUAAUAGAAGCACUGAGAAUAGUGACUGAUUGCUCGAUCCCCAGUGCAAUCAGUGUGUUUUUACUGAAUACACUUAUCAAAUUCAUAGUCACUAGAAUGCUAUUAAUUGUCAUUCUCACCAAAGGAAAUGAAAGCUUGGCAUAUAGCAUUGCCAAUCAUGAGUAUGCGAAUUUUGUUCAACGGAUUAUGGGACUCAGGCAAAUUCUGGAGAGGUCCUUGAAGCCUUUCAUAUGA